AUGGGCGGAGAGGAAGGCGCAGCAGGCGCUGGCGCCGCAGCCUCAGCACCGCCUGGCGCAGGCGGAGGGGGAGGCGGAGGAGCUCCCCCAGGCGCGGGAGGCGCAAGCGGAGGCGCAGCAGCGGCUCCCGCGGGAGGCGGAGGCGGAGGCGGAGGAGGGGGAGCUGAUUCGUACAUUGGGUGUUUAAUCAGUCUGACGUCUAAGAGCGAGAUCCGAUACGAGGGUGUGCUGUACACUGUCGAUACGCAACAAGCCAACAUCGCCUUGCAAAACGUGCGCUCUUUUGGAACGGAGGGGCGAAAGAAGGAUGGCCCGCAAAUCCCGCCCAGCGACAAGGUCUACGACUUUAUUAUCUUUCGCGGAACCGAUAUCAAGGACCUUCAAGUCAAGUCCCUGCCACGUCAGCAACAGGUAUCGCCGCCCACGAGACUUAAUCUGUGUGAUGUUACCAGCUCUCUAAAUUUACGAUUUAAACUUCUCUCUCUGCCCACCCACUCCUUCUGCUUACAAGCUAUUUGCAUUUUCCUUCCCUCCGGUUACCCCGCCCUUUCCUCCCCCUCUUUCUCCUCCCCACUAUUCCCACCCUUCCCCCCAUCUAUUCCCGCCCUUCCCCCCAUCUCCCUCGCUCCCUCUCAUCCCUCCCAUCCCUCCCCUCACCCCCUCCCUCCCUCCCAUCCCUCCCCUCACCCCCUCCCUCCCUCCCAUCCCCCCCCACCCUCCCCUCUCUCUCCGUUCACUUGCACUUUCUCUUCUGUUUUGAUCGCUUGGGGCUUUACCAUCCAUCUCGUCGCCCCCCCUGCGCAACCCCCGCCGCCCGCGCCACCCCAAGCCUCUCCACCCCCCCAACCGCAGCAGCCUCCGCCGCCCCAAUACCAGCAACCCCCGCCUUACCCCGGACCUCCCCCCCCGAACGCCUAUGGCCUAGGUCCGCAGCACCCGCAUUACCCACCUCCGCCCCCUUCGGCCAUGUGGGGGGCUCCGCCUCCCCCGCAGGGGGGGAUGAUGGGGGGUCCCCCGCCGCCCCAUGGCGGAGGGGGAUAUGGUCCGCCGCCCGGACCCCCUCCCCCGAACUAUUAUCCCCCGCAUUGGCAGGGGUAUUAUCCGCCAGGCGCGCAAGGGCCCAUGGGCGGACCUCCUCCUCCCCCUGGGGGGCCUCCGCAGGGUUAUCCCCCCCACAUGCAGCAGCAGCAGCCGCAGCAGCAGCCGCCGCAGCAGCCGCCGCAGCAGCAUCCGGGGAUGCCGCCCCAGCAGCAGUACGCGCCCAUGGGCGCGCCCCCUUCCGCUGGCCCGUCUCCGCCUGCGCCCAGCGCGCCUCCUGCGCCUGGUCCCGCGCCUUCCGCCCCACCCGCGCCAGCUUCCGCCACUGAAGCGCCUGCUCCCGCGCAGGCGCAGGGUCCUGCACCCCCCCCUCCUGCCGCCAUAGAGGAUUCUGCUGCCCUGAAACAAGCAGCCGCUGCUGCUCCUGCUGCCCCUGCUGCUCCUGCCCCUGCCCCUGCUGCCCCUGCCCCUGCCCCUGCUGCUGCUCCUCCGCCUGCUACUGCUGCUGCUGGUGCAGGCGCAGGGGCAGCUUCGGCUGCUCCCAAGCCGGCGCUUCUCUCCCCUGCCGACCUUGCUAAAGCAACUGCACCAUCCACCACUGCCCCUGUUCCUGCUGCCGCCGCUGCUGCUGCGGCUCUUGCUGCCGGAUCAAAGCCUGCUGUACCUGCAACCGCCCCUCCCCCUGCCGUUGCCCCUGCUCCUGCCACUGUUACUGUCACCCCUCCUGCUGCUCCUGCUCCUGUUCCUGCUCCUGCUCCUGCUCCUGCUCCUGCUCCUGCUCCUGCUCCUGCUCCUGCUCCUGCUCCUGCUGCUGCUGCUGCUGUUCCUGCUGUAUCUUCAGCCUCAGCAGCAGCGGUUGCGGCGGCUUUGGCAGGGGUGGGUGCUGCAGGCGCGGUGAAACCUGCUGCUGCCCCUGCUGCUGCGCCUACUGGCUGGGGUAACUGUCCGCAAAUUUCCAUCUUUUCCAACCCCUUCGUGCCACUGAUUGGCUCAUGUGAUUCCCUGUUGGCCUUCUGCCCCUCCUUCGCCGUUUCUCUACUUUCUGCUCUGCUGCUUCGCCUCUCACUCUCCGCUGUCUCGCUACACGUCGAGCCAGCCGCUGCUGCCGCUGCCUCCGCAACAGGCCGCUCAGGUAUGUCAGCCGCUGCUGCCAUUGCCGCCAUUACUGUGGCUGCCGCGACUUGUGCCACUGCUACCGCUGCUGCCACUGCUGCCAAUGCUGCCGCUGCUGCCUAUGCUACCGCUGCUGCCAAUGCCUCCGCAACAGGCCGCUCAGGUAUCAGCCCAAUGGUGCGCUGCAGUCUGGCCACGCGCGGAGGGGCGGAGCCGCAGGAGGAGGAAGAGGGCGAGGAGGAGGAGGCGGAAGAGGAGGAGGAGGAGGGACUUUUCAUCAGCAGGUGUGUUUCGAGUGGGUUUGACAGGGAGGCAUAUGCAGAGGAGUUUGACUUCAGUGCGAUGAACGAGAAGCUCAACAAGGAAGAGGUCUGGGGCGAGCAGGGGGGACAUGCCACACUCAUGCUUCCUUUAUUCUCUUCCUUCCCCGCUCCCUGCUGCCCUUCCUUCCGUGCCCCCUUCCCCUCCUCCCCUUCCUCUCUCCCGCCCCUUCUCCCUCCUUUCACCCCUUCUUACACACACGGCGGCGCGGCGCAGAACGUGGCAGCCUAUGUGGAGGAGUUUGAUUUCAGUGCGAUGAACGAGAAGUUCAACAAGGCAGAGGCGUCCACCAACUAUGUGAAGGACGAUUUCUUUGACUCGCUCUCUUGUGAUGCGCUUUCGCGAGCCGGAGGGGGCCGGGGUGGCGGCAUGCGUGGUUCUGACAUGCGACGGAUGGAUACAGAGACGUUUGGCGACGUGGGUCACGGUGGUUACGGCGGUUACGGCGGAAGAGGAGGGAGAGGAGGCCGCGGAGGCUACGGUUACUCCGGUGGUUACGGCGGUGGUUACGGCGGGCGAGGCGGUUACCAGGAGAGAUUCGGUGGUGACUAG